AUGAUCCCUCUAUUCAUUCUGUCUGCGCUGGCAGCUCUGACCUGGGGAGAGCCCUGUAACACCCGGUCGAACAGUGAGCUCCUGGUGUCGCUGAACCAGGCUCUGCUGCGCUCAGUGGAGGCCGAAGGGGGACUGCCCAAUCCCAGCGUGCACCUGGCCCUGCGCCUGUCCCCCCAGCACAACCACGCCCAGGAGAACCUCCACCUGCACCGCCUCACCAGCCAGCUCCACGCACACAUCCAGAGUUCUCUGUCCCAGAGCUCCGCCUCCCCUGGCCUGCUGGGCCUGUACGCUCUGGCGCUGAAGUCGUCCUGCUACGACCUGAGCACCGUCACCUUCACCAUGAGAGACCAGACGGAGACACUGCUCAACCUGCUGAAGAGCACCAUGCAGAGAGAGAAGGACGAGAUCGCAGUCAGCCAGCACCACCGACCCUCCUCCAACUACUACCAGUACUCCCUGGGUGUGCUGGGCCUGUGUGUGGGAGGAGUGCGGGUCGAGCACCAUGUCGUCCACAAGCUGCUGAAGGCUGUGGAGCAGGAGCAUCUGAACCAAGGGGAGGUGGAUGGUGUGGACUCGUACGCGAUGGCAGCAAUGGCCCUUCAGUGCGUCAAAGACUCGGGGGCCCACGUCCUCAGGGCCAACGAGCUCAAUGCUGCCCUCACCAGGAUCCAGCUCAAACUGACGGCAGCGCGCAGACCGGACGGACACAUCGGCAACGAGUUCAGCACUGGCCUGGCUGUCCAAGCCUUACUGGCGAUGGGUCAGCCGAUCUCAGAGUGCUCCGUGUCCUUGGAGGCCAUAAGGACAAGUGCCCGGAACAGUGUGUACCACAGCCCCAUGGCCCUGUCCCAGAGCCUGCCUGCUCUUCAUUUGCGCUCCUACGUCUCCAUCCGGAACAAGCAGUGCCGCACAGAAGCCGACAGCCUGGUCCUGGAGCUGCCCCUGCCCGUGGUGGAGGUCCCGGUACGCCCCCUGGUGAACGUGGAGGUGUCAGUGCAGAGCUGGGAGGGGGCAGAGAGCAGCUACAGUGUGAGCGUGCCUCAGGGGAGCUCUCUGCUGCAGGCGCUGGAGCUGCUCCGCACAAAGACCACAGUGGACCCUGCUUUCACGUUUGAGGUGGAGUCUAGUCUGUGGGGGCCCUUCCUCAGCGUUGUCAACGGAGAACAGGCACGCCAGAGUGACCGCAGAUACUGGCAGCUGGCAGCAGAGGGCGCUGCACUAACGCAGGGCAUUGGAGAUUACAAGAUUGAGACGUCUCAGAAGAUUGCCAUCAAGAGUGUGAGCUAUUGA